AACUAGCGAAUGAGGCCAUAAACUUAUAAACUAAAUGUUUACUGAGAUGAUAAAACAAGUGACAAGUGGGGUGUUGCCCCUUAGACUUUUACAGAAACGGACUUCUCCUAAGCACUCUGUGGAGUCGCCCCCUGCUGGAGAUGAGAUAAAUUAAGGUUUAAGGAACUUCCGGUUUUACUUUUCAUGCCGUUGGGAGAUGCCGCUUGGUCAACAACAAGCAUCCAGGAUCUCAAAAGUCUUUCUUAGAGGAUAACUAAAUAUAAAAGCAGCACGACUAAACGUUAAAAUCGGCCAAAUCUCAGUUUGUCGUACUGACGUGCUGAGCAUCUGAACAGCACACCAAGGCAACAGAACAUGAACAUUUCCUGAAGAUGUGACGCCCACCUGGAGAAUGAUUACAGCAGGACAUCGUCGGUGGCCUACAUGUAGCGGAAUAAAAGGCUCUGUGUGUUUCUGAGCGCUGCAGCGGAGGCUUGUACAAUAAGAGCCGUCAUGUAUGCAGGACGCAAGAGGAGAAAACCAGUCCAGAGAGCGGUGAAGCAGGCUCCAGCCGAAGGGGCCAAGUCCAACCCGUCCAAACGGCAUCGGGACCGGUUGAACGGUGAGCUGGAGCGCUUGGCCAGCCUGCUGCCUUUCCCCGAGGAGGUCACCGCCAGUCUGGACAAACUCUCCAUCCUCCGCCUGAGUGUCAGCUACCUGCGGGCCAAGAACUUCUUCUCUGUUGCCCUGACCGGAGUGACUCCAGCUGCUGGGAAUGAAGACGACAGCAAAACAGCAGGAUCGGUGGAGACCAAGAUUCCUGAGGGGGAACUGUUGCUGCAGGCUCUCAACGGUUUUGUCAUGGUUCUCACUGCCAGUGGAACCAUCUUCUACUCCUCUCACACCAUCCAGGACUACUUGGGCUUCCACCAGACGGACGUCAUGCACCAGAGUGUGUACGAGCUGGUCCACACGGAGGACCAGCAGGAGCUCAGGAGAAACUUGCACUGGGCUUUGAAUCCUCCUCCUGCCACUGCAUCUGUCAUUACCCAGGACUCCCCCCAAGAGAUGGAAUCAGACAGCAGCUCAUCUGUAGUCACCUACAACCCUGAGCAGCUUCCCCCUGAGAACUCGUCCUUCCUAGAGAGGAGCUUUGUGUGUCGCUUCCGCUGCCUGCUGGACAACUCCUCCGGCUUUCUGGCUCUGAACAUCCAGGGCAGACUUAAGUUUCUGCAUGGACAGAACCAGCGGCAAGAAAACGGAGGAAAGGCCCCGUCUCAGCUCGCCCUUUUCGCCAUUGCGACUCCUCUGCAGCCUCCGUCUAUCCUGGAGAUCAGGACCAAGAACAUGAUCUUCAGAACCAAACACAAGCUGGACUUCACACCCUUCGCCUGUGACGCAAAGGGGAAAAUAGUGCUGGGGUACACAGAGGCUGAGCUGCGGGUACGAGGAUCCGGCUAUCAGUUUAUCCAUGCGGCAGAUAUGUUGUACUGCGCAGAGAACCAUGUCAGAAUGAUGAAGACUGGAGAGAGUGGUCUGACUGUGUUCAGGCUCCUCACCAAGGAGAAUCGCUGGAAGUGGGUCCAGGCCAACGCCAGGCUGGUGUACAAGAACGGCAAACCAGACUACAUCAUCGCCACCCAGAGGCCUCUUUUGGAUGAAGAAGGAGGAGAACACUUGCGUAAGCGCUCCAUGCAUCUACCCUUUACCUAUGCUACAGGCGAGGCCCUGCUCUACCAGUCCAACCAUCCCAUAGCGGCCUUUAGAGAUGAAGGCCAAGAGAAAAACGGCAGUAAGUCAAAAAAGAGCCGUGCUGAAAGGCUGGCGAGGGAGGGCCUGGACCCUGGCUCUCUUCUGGGAGCACUCAUGAGUCAGGAUGAGUCGGUGUAUGUUUGUCAGCCCGCCCUGGAGCCCAAAAUGUCAUUCCAUAGCUUCUUUGGUGACCAAAUGGACUUCUCUGACUCAGAACCACCCAGCUUUCACAGGGGCUGGGACGAGCCGAGCAAUGGCGUGCUUGGUCCAGGCAUCCCAGAGUCAGGCACCAGCUUUGAUCCGCUGCUGGCUACUCUGGACUCCCUCUCCCUGGACGGUCACGGCGUUGCGGAUUCGGACGAGGGGGGUUGUUCAAACAGUGAGCUGUUCGGAGCUCUGGAAGGGCUGGGCCUGAGUGCCGAGGACCUGGAGCUACUGCUGCUGGACGAACGGAUGAUCAGAAUUGAGAUGGACCCCGAACGUGUGCCCAGCUUGGACGACCUGCUGACAAACGAUGAAAUCCUCUCAUACAUCUACGACUCCAUAGAGGGGAGGGUUGAUUCCACCGAGCAUGGAGGACCGGUGCCUCCCAGUACUGCUUCAGCGACAGCCGCAACCGUGUCGCUACCUGAAAGUGAUGCCACUUCUGACACUAAUGUGCAAAUGCAUUUUCCCCCGGUGGGGCAGGCUCCCAUCGUCAAGCUGUCCCAGCAGAUGCAACAGCACCUCAGCAUGCAAACAGUUAAAGGUGUGCAUGACUGGGGCCAGCAGAGCAACCAUUUGGCCACCACGAUAGUUAACGGGGAGUUGCAAUCAUUCACCAGUGGACAAUGGUCAGCUCAAAACAUUCUAGUCACUGCAGGGAUCCAAUUGGAACACUUUAAAACACAACCGAAUAUUUUCAACGGCAAGGCCUCAGAGCUGGACGGAGAGCUUCAUCAGCAGCAAAGUCAUCAGCGCUACCUGCAGCAGCAGCCCAGGAUGCAGAACCAUCUCUCGCAGCAAUGCCAAGCCAAACAGAAGGCAGCCAACCUCAACGGACUGUGUGGCGUCUCCAGCACUGAGCAUUCGGCAGGGAAAUCCCUUUGGCAGGACUAUGGAUUCAACGAGAGUCUGGGCAACAACGCCUGCAUUGAUAACGGCCAAAAACCUCUGACAAACACCUCCCUAGAUUCUUGCAUGGAUUAUAACAUCUCUGGUGUCGACAAUGCGGAUUACACUGUCAGUGGAAGCGGUUUGUUUGGGAGGAAUGGACCGCAGCACGGGGCCGAGUCCACAGCGCCAUCCUUCCAGGGGAUAAACCAUAAACAGCAGCAGGAGCAGAUCCCAGUUCCUUUGGCUCAAGUCAUCUCCAGCCUGUCGCAGUGCCCGCCCCCCAACGCCUCUCUGGAGCAGAUCCUGGGGGUAGGCAAGCCCUGCCGACAGUUGGACCCCUAUGGCAUAGUGACCUCUGAGAUUCCUCAUGACCCCAGUCCCAAUAAGAUGGAGAAUGGCUGUAUCCUCAACAGUACUUACCCAGGAGGCUGUGCUCUGCCUAAUAGAAAUGGAGUGGAGCCCCCUACUGUCCAGAUGCCCGGCCCCAAGACUUUGUCCAGCCUCCCCGACCCACCAGCCACCGGGUUCUACCUCUGACCAGCUGCCCAGCAACAGUCCUGCAGCAGGACUCUGUUAAUGGCCAGAAAGACACAAUGACUGGACCAGCCUUAUAAAUCUAGAUACCCCAACAAACAAAGCUGAAUAAACGUAGGCCUAUGUGUUUUUUUCUUUUUUCAAUUUGUAUUUUAUUUUUGUGUGUGUAUGUUGUAUUUCAAGUCAUAUUAUCAUACGAGUCCUUUGUUUACAAUAAUGCAGUCAAGAGUGCUCAGUUGAGUUUAUUUCAAGUACUAGAGAGGUAAAUAUGAGUUUUUAAAGAUGAGUUUCACAAAUCUGCGUUCAGAUACAACACGAAGCAGGAUUAACAGUUUAAAGCAGAUUUUAAAAAAUGAAUAAUUCUAUUAUUUAAUGUUUAAAUCUAAAAAAAAACACGUCUGUCAUUUCACGUAGGAUUUUGAUAUAUUUUGUACACAGUGUGAGAGCAAGAUAAAAGAAAGAUCUCCUAUAAAAUGUAGAUAUACUGGGUUAAUAUUGGGUGUUGGGUACCAGUAGAAGAUAAAUAUACACUUUCAAUAUCACUUUUUUUUGUAGAUUAAGGGAUUAGUUGAUCUUCACAAAAUGUUUUGAUCAUUAUAGACAUUUUUCAAGCAAAUAUACCAGACAUUUGUUGGUUCCAGCUUCUCAAAUAUCAGGAUUUGUUGCUUUUUUUUUUUGGUCUUCUAUGGAAGUCAGUUAAAUAUCUUUAAGUGUUGGACUGUCUGUUGAAGGAAAAAAAAAGAGACAUCUGAAGAAAUGACGUACAACUCUGGGAAAUUGUGACCAGCAUUUCUUGACUUUUUCUAGAGUAGACGAAACUACUAAUCAAGACAAUAACCGCAGCAGGCUAAGCGAUAACGGGAACGAUCGUUCAUCUGCACCGCUGAACUGUGAGAUGCGAAAGCAAUCAAACAGAAACACAUAAGCUGAUGAAGAGAGGUUGUCGUAGGUUUCCACUUCAUGAAUGUACAUAGGAAUAUGAGUAUCUGACCAAGUAUCAAAUGCAGUUCUUUUUCUCAGAUAUACUCAGAUUUUCCAUCUUUGUUUUUUGAAACAUUUGGUCCGCAUUGUAUCUGAACGCACCAUAAAACACACACAAACACACUCUUAUCCCCCGUCAGUGCAACUCCAACGUGAUUACGGGUUUUUGUCACUGGCAGGCGACAACAUCGCUCAUAGAUUUUCCAUCAUGCUACAAGAAUGUAAUCUCUCUGCGUUCAGUGAAUUCUUUGUUGAACUCGUCAGCAACGAGAUUAAUCCUUAUAUGUUUGAACAAAAGUAUAGAAUAUUGAAAAUUAUGGCUAGAAAUACUCUGCACUUUAUUACAAGCACCCACUUGCAAAUGCAAAUGUGUAGUCGGGGAUACCGUGGUUAUAAAAACAACCUGUUUGUCUUUAACACUAAUGAUGCAACAUGGACCAGUUUGCAUUUUUCAUUCUUAUUUUGAGGCACAUUUCAGGUGAUGGGUAAUGUCCUCACGAGCACAAUCACUUCCGUACAACGUUUCAUGUCGUCAUUUUGAUCUUUCGCCACUUGAAUUGCUUGUGUCGUCGAUGAUGUUGAUGGGACAUCUGGAUGAGUUUUCUUUCCUUAUCUUGGUUGAAAGUUGAAGUGACUUAAGUAGAAGAAGUCCACUUUUUUAAUGAUCUGUAUUUAAAUGCAGCAGGUACACAUUCUUGAUUGUUUUGAAGUCGACGUGUAAGACAUUCUUGUACAAAAGAAGAAGAAGAAAAUGUAACGCUUUAUCAUCCUCUUAGCUACAUGUAAGCAGUGGUUGCACCGGCUCUCCAGAGGAAAUCAGUGAAUCCAGACUCACUCCAUCACAGUACAGUUCGAGGGUUUUAAAGGAAAAGUCUGACAUCUUUGGGAAAUCUUCUAGUGUGCUUGCGCUGUCUCACUUAGAGUUGGAGAAAGCGAUGAUUUUACCUGACAAAAUGUCAGACUUUUCCUUUUUAAUGGUAGAAACCUUGGCGAUAUACAUAUAUGUAUAUAUAUACGUGUAUAUAUAUAGAUAGAUAUAUAUAUCUAUAUAUAUACAGUAAAUAUCAGGUCAGUAAAUUUCAGGUGUGCGCAGCAUCUCAGAGCAAUUUCCAGAAUGGCAAACACUGAAAAACCAAAUGUCAGUAUUAAAAAGAGAAGGAUACAGAUGUGAAUGUUUGUUGUACAUAGCAAAAGAAAAUUACUGGAAAAUGAAGCAGAGUAGAAUUAUCUCAUUGCGAAGAGAUGCUGAAAAGAGAUUUCCAUUUAAUUGUUCAAACAAUGUCAUUACUAUGGGUAUUAAUAUUAUUGUUUUAUGUUUUAUGUUGAAAUGUGAUACACACGUGGUUACAUGUUUUCCAAUUGACUCGUUUCCCUUUCUUUUUAUUGCAGCGGAAAUGUUUAAUAUGAUUGAUGUGACUUAUUAACAAUGUGAA